AUGACUGGGAAAGAAUCUGGGAAAGAUUCGACAUAUAAUGGUGAAAGAAAAAUUGAUCCAUCUUCACUGUACUAUCUGCAUCCUUCGGAUCAUACAUGUAUGGUUAUUUCCCCGGUGAAACUGAAUGGUGAUAACUAUGAGGAAUGGUUUCGAUCGAUGCGUAAUGCGUUUCGAGCCAGAAGAAAAUAUUCCUUUCUGGAUGGGAAUAUUACGCAACCUAAAGAAGAUGAUCCUGAUAUUGAAGACUGGUGGAGUGUUAAUUCGAUGCUUAUUGUAUGGAUUGCUACAUCCAUUGAGUCGAAUCUGCGAUCAACAAUUACUUAUUAUGAGAAAGCUAAAGAACUUUGGGAUGAUUUGAAGCAAAGAUUUUCUAUUGGGAAUGGACCAAGGAUGAUGCAAUUGCGUUCCAAUUUAGCCAAAUGCAAACAAGAUGGACAGGCUAUUGCUGCUUAUUUUGGACGACUGAAAUUUUUUUGGGAAGAACUUAGUAACCAUGUUAAACCUCCCUUGUGUAGAUGUAACAAGUGUACAUGUUUGCUUGCUGCUCAGUGGAAUAAACAACGAGAAGAAGAACGUGUUCAUCGGUUCUUCAUGGGCCUUGAUGAUAUCAUAUAUGGGACGGUUCUCUCUCACAUAAUUUCUCAAGAUCCUCUCUAUUCACUCAGCCGUGUAUAUGCAUUGGUUGUGCAGGAGGAAAGGCACCAAACUAUUGCUAGGACGCGUGAUGUACGUGAAGAAGCCGUUGGAUUUGCAUUACAAGCUCCAAAGACAGCAAAGGGACCUGUUGCUAGGAUGUCUACAACGUCUGCAAAUAAACCAACUUGUAAGAAUUGUGGAAAAUCUGGUCAUGAAAUGGAAAAUUGUUUUAGACUCGUUGGGUAUCCAGAUUGGUGGCUAGAAAAACAUGGGAAAAGAAACGGAGGGGGUUUGCAGCAAGGAUCGAAUAACAGGAAAGGAAAGCCAAGUCUUGUUGUUGCUAAUGCCGCUAAUUUUCCUACUGGUGGAGGUGAAAAUUUUAGUGGUAUCUUUGUUUCAACACAAGAUCGGACAACACUUAUGAAUACUCUCACAGAUUCUCAACUGAUGGCCAUAGAAAAUAUGCUUAAUCCGUCGAACAAGGAGAUUUCAAAAGAGAAACAAUCUGGUAAGGGGAUACUUGAUUCGGAGGCAUCGAGACAUAUGACCGGACGAAAGGAUUUAUUACUUCACUUACAGCAGAUAAGCUUGUCACCUAUUGGACUUCCAAACGACACUUACUUGCACGCUCAGUGUGUGAGAACUGUUGUGUCUGGGCCUAAUUUGAAACUAAAUCAUGUUUUAUUUGUUUCUAACACUUAG